GCGGCCGCGGCCCCUCGCGCCGCCGCGGCAGUUCGUGGACGUGGACCCGCUCGGUGCCGCUCGACUGUAUCGAGGACGUGCGCACGGCACCGGUGACCACCGUCGCGAAAAUGAGCCUGCUGUCCUCCUCGAUCGGCGGCGUCCGCUACCACGCGGAUGAGGACGCCGACCACAACAUGCUCCAGGAUCUACAGUUGGCGGCGGAGCUCGGCAAGACCCUUCUAGAACGGAAUAAGGAGCUGGAGAACAUCAUCAAGUUGCACCAAGCUACUGUGGAGGAGCAAACACAAGAAAUCGAGUAUAUGAAAAAGCAGACUGCCGCCCUGAGGGAGGUGAACAAUACGCGGCUGAAAGUCUACGAGCAGCUGGAAGUCAGCGUGCAGGAUCUGGAACGUGCGAAUCAUCAUCUGGUGAUCGAAAACACGAGCGAUAAGAAGCUGAUCAAGAGCCAAUCCAUGACUAUCGAGAAUCUGGAAAUAAGAUGCGAGGAGCUACAGAAGAAGAUUGACGACUUGACCGAACGACUGCGCCAGCAUGCCGCAAGUCCGUCUAGAAAUAAUGUGCAACAGCAGCAGCAUCAACAGCAACAACUGCAUCAGCAACAGAGUACCGAUUGGGAAACUUCGGAUACGCAAGGUGGCAGCGAGAAACAAAGAGCUGCCCCGAGCUCGCCGAAAUCCUCCCAAGAGAUGACCGAGACGACCGCGGCAAACGACGAAGAGAUAACCGAGUUGCUGAAGCAGUUGCAGGAUGCUCGCAAUCAAAGGGCUAGGGAGCAGAAGAAGGUCUCCGAGCUCAGUCAGCAGCUGACCACUUUGUUACAGGAGAACAGCACAUUGGAGGAGCAAUUAACGGAGUGGCGUAACAAGGCGCAAGAUGUGAAGAGUCUGCAAGAGGAGAUUAGCACCUUGGAGGAAGUCAGACGGGGUCAAUUGUGCGGGCGUUGUUUGCGCGGCAUGGACACGAGGACGCACGACGAACUCUCUAUAAUGCUGGAUCAGGAAGAGUACGAUGACAUAAGUAUGGCUGAGUCGUUAAUCAGUGAGAGUCAGCGAGACUCCGAAUUGACUGUGCAGGAAGUGACAAACUUUGCAAAAUCCAAGCCAAAGACAGAUAUAGGCAGCAAGAAUGAAGGUACCGACGAACUGGACAGCGCGAAUCCUUAUCGAGUCUUGGUAGAGAAGUAUCAGGCCUUGUUGGAGGUGCAGAGACAUUGUCAGCCCCGUCGUAAGGACACCACACCCGCGACGUGUAUGUCGUUGCAGGAGGAGCUGGAGAUGUCCGGGGAGUUUAACAAUUUUUAUCCUGCUGCUUCCGAGGUCGAGACUGCCACGGCUCCGGAAUCAACCAAAACCGCCUUGCGAAUCAAACCUGAGAACGCCGGGAAAAAACCUUUCUCGGCCACUCCCACUGAUUUCUCCGAAGCCGAAACGUCGUCUUCAGGCUUUUCGGACGAGACCAGCAACAAGGCGACGCAAACGGACGACAGACCGUCGGGUUCAUUCCUAUGCUCCAUCGCCGACGGUGAGGACUGCAAGUUUAGCAUUUACGACGACAACAGUCCAUUUGAAAGCAGGUUCCGCAAGACGCCUGAGUACCGACAGCUCUUCAGUGAGAUCUUUAGCGUUCUGAAACGGGCGGCCGAAGCAAAGGACGAGGGCGAGAAGCUACCGUUGCUGGACGAUCCCGCCCCAUCGCAGACGAAAUACGACGCGUCGUUACAAGAAGAUUUGCAGAGCGAAGCGACGGACGACAAUCAAAGCGUCAUGUCCUCCAUGGUAUCGUCAGUGGUCUCGGAACCGGUCUUCAGGGUGCAGUCUGCUAGCCCGGCCAAUCUAAAGGACAGCCAGCAAUCCGGCAAGUCCAGCAACACCGCCGUGAAUCAGCAACCCGGAAAGGAUGCAAGCUGCAGAAUGGAUUACGUGUCUCUUAAUUUGCGCGUCCGCAAGAAGUCCGCGGCGAAGAAGAACUUCGCUAAGAAGGCGGCGCAGUGCAACGACCGAUCAACCACGCCGGACAUCAUUCCCACGACGAAUCCGAAACUCGUACCAGCCAAACCUAACGGCGGGGGCCGAAGGAGAUUCAGACCGUUCAACCCUGCCGAGCACGAGCACUCCGGUGCAUGGAACGGUCAGCACAAUGUAUAUCCAAAUCGGUCGAGAGAUAACAAGAAGUUAUACGGCCUGACGCGUGGCCCAGCCGAGCAGCAGCAGCAACAACAACAACAACAGCAGCAGCAGCAGCAUAACAAUUUCGAGUAUAAGGAUUUCAAACCCAGCACCGCGUCGGAGGAGGUGGCUCGGCUGAAGCGAUUGGAGAUGUCUUAUGCAGAGGUUCUUCGCACGCCUAACAACAAAUCCAGAGUCAACAAUCAUCAUCAUCAUCAUCAUCAUUAUCGUAGGAAUUAAACGGGACGAAUGGAUGGGUGAAGCGAAGCACGUACAAGAUGUAGAGUUUUAUAUUUGAAUUUUAAUUGUAUCCUGACUAGAAUAGAGAGAUCUCACGCGCUAAUUUGCAUCAUUCAUCCUGCGAUGAGACCCAGUAUUGUUUUGUACUUUCUUGUAAAUAUUCGACGACGUGGAUAUAGGUGUAGCGGCAUGAUUCUAGGCACUAAUUAACACGUCCGCGUUAGCUUUAAGUUUGAACAUUUCGUAUCUUACUGUAUAUCCCUUUCCUUCCACGCGGUGAACAUACAACAGCGAGUAUUGACUCCCCUGUGGUACCGUCGUUAGUCGUUACGGAGAGGAGAACAAUUUCUUCAUGUGCCAUUUACUCUCCGUGUCAAAAUACCAACUUCCGACUCUAAAAUUCGCACUGCUCUUCGAUAACGUAUAUUUUCUCCUCGGGGAAGUGACUCUUAGUGCAUGUCAGCAGCAGCAUGCGUGGUGUGUUAGCUUUUGUAUUUUAUAGGUAUAAAUAUUGUGAUGUACGUAUAAAUAAAUAAAUUCUUUAUCGUAUUAAGUCGCUCUUCCCUCUUUCGCGCUCUCUCGUAAUUAUUAUAUGAGAGUAAAACCGAUCCUCAAUGAGCCAAUUAAUAUAUCCACUACUUGCUCUUGCGUAAGUUUUGUCAUAAGAGUGUGAAACUUGUCCAACAUAUAGACAUACACAGAAUAUAAUCUUUGAAAUUUAAAAAUAUAAAGGUCACAUAUAUAAAAGCUGAACAAGUUAUAUUUACGGUACGUAUGCGCAAACGGUCAUUACAACUAUCACUGAAAUAUCUAUAAUCUAUAUCAUAUCUUAAAAAGAAUAUCAAGGUUGCUGGGUGGGUAUCAUUUUAUUCGGACAUAUUGAAUGUACAAGAAGCAACUUACAUCUGAUAUUUUACGCGGUUUCGCGAGCAUAUUAUUUUAAUGUAAGUUUCUCUCUAUAUUUUAACACCAGAACGCCUGAAUUCUUUCUAUUAUCUUCAAUAUCGAAGGAUAGCUUGCGACCUCUAAUAUUUCAGACUCAUAUAACUUAUUACACUUAAAGAAUAUAAGAUGUAAAGAACAAUAAUGCUGUGUGUAACUAAAAAGCGCAUAAAAUAUAAGAGGAGACGUUUAUCUCUAAAAAUAAUGAAAAUAAUUCACAAACGUUCCAGUGUUAUUGUCCGUACAAACGGUAUAUAAACUAAAGAUAAUGAGUGAUAUAAGUUUAUUAAUACAAUUACACCUGGGAAUUGGAGUUGCGCAUAUUGUAUGCGCGUUCUGUGUUUUGUCAUUUCUCCGUUCACCUUCCUAAGAAUAAUCUGCAUAAUGUCCGUUACACAUACAUACAAGACAUUUCUUUUCUUCAUAUUGAUUUAUAUCAAAAUGGGUACGUUCGAUUAAGAAUCGUCGAAUAAUGCGCGAUGCACCGCUCCUAAACUUGGUUGUACAUAACUCGAGCUGAUACUACGUCUCGACCUGUAGAAAAGAAAUUGCGUCGUAAAAAAAAGGAGCACAUCGGCUGCCUACAAACGACGAUAUUUCAAGACAACUAUUUUAAGACUCUGAAUUAGUUUCAGCCAUAGUAGAAUGACGUUAGAUGUGAGAAAUUCCACAUAAUGAUUUCAUGUGACACUGAUACAAAUAAAUGAAUUUAUGCUG